AUGCUUUGCGCCCCCGCCCAGAUCGUCGAAGUUGACUCGGUCUCUCAGAUUGUCACUACCAAAGGUGUCGAUUACGAGGUGACUGUUUUGGCUGUCGAUGCCCACGUUUUCUACAAGGAAAAGUACGGCCUGACGAUUAGUAAAGGUCGUUGCUUCAUCAAUGGUAAGCUUGCUUCCGGUGACUUCUUCAAGAAGAGACGCGAGCUUCCCCGUUUUGUCUUUCCUGUCGAGAUUCCUUCCAGUAAGUUGCUCUUCCUUCUCGGUGGCCCUUCUCGUAAGCCCAUUGAACUGACACCUUACGUUUUUUUCUUCUUCACAGACAUGGUACUCGACCAUGCCGACCAACGUCCGCUCAACAACGUCCGCACAAACCUUUGUGUGGUCACUCAGUCGUUCAAUACGAUCAACUGCACCCGCAAGAAACAAAGCAAAUACUUUGUCGGUGUCAGGAGGUCCAAGAACGGCAAGUUCAAUGCGACCUGGGGGAAGAAGCAGCUGGGUACAUUCGACACGGCUCGAAUUGCAAAGACGGCUCGCAUUCUUGUUGCUCGAGAGAAGGGAAAGGAGUGGGAGGACAGGGAGUUGGUUUUCACGCCGACGGUGAAAGAGAUGGAGGCGGCUAUUCGGGGUAUUGAGAAACCGAAGAGGAAACGCCGUGUUGUUGGGACGGGGGGUCUGAAUCUUCAUGUCAGUGGACUUUGGCAUGCCACUUUUCGGUCGAAACAUCUCGGAUACUUCAAGACGAAGGAGGAAGGGCAGGCUCACGUGGAUGCAGCGAAGGAAGAGUACGAGAGGAAAAGGGAGGAAGAGGAUGCAACGGUCGUCAUUCCAAGGACCAAGGAGGGAAAUUUUGCCUACCUAACGGCUCUAAACGGAGAGGAGGUCUUGGUCGAUGACGACAUCUACAUCAAGAUGUACCGCAACAAGAUCUCUGUUGCAAAGGACGGGUACCCACGGUAUCUGAACAGGUUUGUCCAUCGGUCUGUUCUUGUGGACCCGUACAACACUUGGACGCAUCACAUGGACCAUCGGAACGGAAACAAGCUGGACAAUCGGAGGGCAAAUCUACGCAUCGUCCCUAUCAAGAUCAAUGCAAUGAACAUCACGCGGGAGUCAAAGUCUGGUUACGCUGGUGUCAGACCAAGUGGCACUGGGAGGUUUGUAGGCUAUGUUCAAAACACAAAAGUCUGGCCUCACAAACUGACUACUAGGACCUUUGACACGGCCGAGGAAGCUUAUGCCUGGCGCUGUGCACUCCACAAGCAGAUCUUUCCCGAGUUGUACGAUUAG